UUCGAGUUACACCUCAGCGACCGCACAGAUAUACAAAGUCCUCUACUGGUCGCCAAGUGGUUAAUAGCACAACAAUUACGUCUCUGCUGGUAAAUUACAUUUCGGAUCCCAGUUCCUCCCGGAUGCAUUGUCCUCGCUUAGAACGGUUCACUUUCCCAAAACACACACACUGAAUGUUCCAUCGGAUAAUCAUCAAGCAGAUGCGCCUCCAGCAAUACAACAGUCAAGCCCGCCAAUUGGAACAUCUCAGCAACAUCUUGGGAUGUGAAGAAACCUUGACGUCUUACCUCCGAAAAAAUAUGUUACGGAAAAAAAUCUGCAGUGCCCCCUAUGUCAGGAAAGGUACACAUUAAGCAUGUCAGCCCAGGAAGGUGCCAGCCCGGCACCGCCUCACCUGCACCCCGUCAGCCGAACGUUAACCCUGCGCGGCAAACGCGGGCACUCGGCGGAGAGCGGCAGCCGCGGCGCGGUCGCCGACUGCAAGAAGGUUCACAGCUCGUUGAAUAAGGUGACGGCCUGCUACCGGCAGCUGGUGAUGUGCGUCGGGGGAGCGUCGGACUGUCCGCGCCUACGGGAGGAGCUGGAGGAGAGCAGGAAGAAGGCCUUCGAGAUGAGCACCGAUCUGAUGAACACAUUGAUGGUGCAGCUGAUGGAGCAGGACGUGUCCCAAGAAGAUCGAGUGGAGCUGGAGCGGAUCUGGGUCCUGUUCCUGUCCACCCUGGAGCUCUUCCAGCAGGACCUGUGUAAAGCGCACCACCUGUGCCAACUCUUCUCUCUGCACGGCCGACGAAAGAGACUGGUCAACACCGGGGUCACAGGUAAAACGUCGGAGGUGGCAUGUCGCGCGCGCAACAUAAAAUCACCCAGCAGCAGCAGAGUGCGGGAGAACCAACAAAGAUCCGAGAGACCCUGCUCCCCGGACCUGGCGGGUCAGAUCGAACACGUGGAGAGGAUGCUUCACGACAUGCAGAUGAAAGUCAGCAUUCCAAUAUGGACAGUGGAGGCCACCGAGGAGGCCUGGGCAGAGAUGAGCUCCACCUGCGACCUGGACGAGGGCUCAGACAAUGAAAUACUGGCGGGGGAAGAUAUCUCCAGCAGGGGGUGUUGUGCUCAAAGGCAAUCGCUGGCUCGGCCUCUAUGUAUGGUCUCCUAAUCUACAAUUGGGUUCUCAACCAGCCCGCGCCCACAGUUGUGUGACUACCAUAGGAAAGCCUGACGGGUUUCGCGAUGGACGCCUGCGUUCUCAGGUGUAAUGAUAUCAGAUCAGCAGAUUCGGGGUCCGCACGUCUACUCGCACGUACGGAGAUGUUUGAGGCCCGCCUCACUGGUUAGGACUCCGGGCGGUGCAGAAUUUCGAUACCUUCUCAUUCUAAGCAGUGCCGAAGAUACUAGUGUUCAUGGCCACCCAACGGGACAUUCGCGACGGAGAGAUGGUCCUAUAUUGUGAGGACAAUCGUACAGAACUGUACACGCCAGUAUAUAAUCACUGCCUGGGAUCGUGGUUUUUACUUUUUGAGUGGACAAUGUAAUUACAACGCAUGCAUGGAGUCUUCCUCAGGGUCCGUACAUAUUGAAGAAACAGACAUUACCAGUCUGUUUCCUUAAAGGGGUACUCCACUGCCCCAGUGUUUGGAACAUUUUGUUCCAAACGCCGGGUGCGGGCUGUGGGGGUUGUGACAUCACGCCACACCCCCUCAAUGCAAGUCUAUGGGAGGGGGCGUGGCGGCAUAGACUUGCGUUGAGGGGGCGUGGUGUGAUGUCAUGAGGGGCAUGGCCGUGAUGUCACGACCCUCACAGCCUGCAGGGCCACACCCCCUCCCAUAGACUUGCAUUGAGGGGGCGUGGUGUCACGAGGAGCAUGGCCGUGACGUCACGACAGCCUACAGGACAACACCACGCCCCCUCCUAUAGAAUUUCAUUGAGGGGGUGUGGUGUGAUGUCACGAGGGGCAUGGCCCCGACGACACGACGCUCGCAGCCCGCAGGGCCACACCACGCCCCCUCCCAUAGACUUGCAUUCACGAGGAGCAUGGCCGUGACAUCACGACCCCCACAGGGCCACACCCCCCCUCCCAUAGAAUUGCAUUGAGUGGGCGUGUCCAUGGCAUCACGAGGAGCAUGGUGUGAUGUCACGAGGGGCAUGGCCCUGACGACACGACGCUCGCAGCCCGCAGGGCCACACCACGCCCCCUCCCAUAGACUUGCAUUGAUGGGCGUGGCGUCACGAGGAGCAUGGCCGUGACAUCACGACCCCCACAGGGCCACACACCCCCCUCCCAUAGAAUUGCAUUGAGUGGGCGUGUCCAUGGCAUCACGAGGAGCAUGGUGUGAUGUCACGAGGGGCGUGGCCGUGAUGUCACAACCCCCCGCAGUCCGCACCCAUUGUUCGAAACAAAAAGUUCCAAAUGCUGGGGCAGUGAAGUACCCCUUUAAUGUAAAGGGGUACUCUGCCCCUAGACAUCAUAUCCCCUAUCCAAAGGGGCCGGAGGAUCGUGACGUCACGCCCCGCUCCCUCAAUGUAAGUCUAAGGGAGGUGGAAGGGCAGCUGUCACGCCCCCUCCCAUAGACUUACUUUGAGGAGGCGGGCCGUGACAUCACGAGAGGGUGGGGCCGUGAUGUCACAAUCCUCCGGCUCCUGUAUCCCCAGUCAUCAGGCAUGGAGCGAAGUUCGCUCUGCGCACAAGAUGAUGGGGGGUGCUGCAGGAGACAUUGCGGGGGUUCCCAGCAGCGGGACCCCCCGCGAUCAGACAUCUUAUCCCCUAUCCUUUGCAUAGGGUAUAAGAUGUCUAGGAGCGGAGUACCCCUUUAAUCACUGAAGCAAUUCAUGGCUUGCAAUCCAUAUCCCCUCAUCCGUACGUGGAAACAUUAUUUUUGUGUCUGUGUUGACAGGAAAUGUUCCCCCAUUACCGUAAAGUCUCAUAAAAUAAACAAUAUAAAAAUCA